UAUUAGCAUUAAUUCUUCGUACCAAAAUUUUCUAAUUUACAACCAUGGCCAUCAAUACCUCAAGGACUCAAAUCCUUUUCAUUACCAUCAUUUCCUUCCUUAUUUUAGCUCAAAAUGUAAACUCAGCUGCAUUCACAGUCUCAAAUUUUGACCCAUACAAAACAAACAUUGAACUCGAAGGCAACGCCUUCAUUUCAGACGGGUCUAUCCAUCUCACAAAUGUCAUCCCAAACAGCGCUGGUAGAGCCUCUUGGGGUGGACCAGUGCGUCUUUGGGACGCAGAUACCGGUAACCUCGCCGGUUUCACUUCAGUCUUUUCUUUCGAAGUUGCACCUGCCGGCCCCGGACUCAUUGGAGAUGGAAUUACCUUCUUCAUUGCACCAUUCAAUUCUCACAUCCCGAAAAAUUCGAGUGGUGGAUUCCUUGGACUAUUCAACGCGGAAACUGCUUUGAAUACGUACCAAAAUCGAAUUGUUGCCGUUGAAUUUGAUUCCUUUGGUGGAAAUAGUGGUGGAAAUCCUUGGGAUCCCGCGUAUCCCCAUGUUGGCAUUGAUGUGAACUCUAUUGCUUCGGUAACAACAGCGCCAUGGAAAACCGGAAGUAUUUUGACUGGUUUCAAUGCAAUUGCUUUUGUGAACUAUGAACCCGUGGAAAAAAAUUUAAGUGUUGUGGUAAGAUACCCUGGAGGAAAUUUUGUGAAUGGAACUUCAAACAGUGUCUCCUUUAUUAUUGAUUUAAGGACUGUGUUACCUGAAUGGGUUAGAAUUGGGUUUUCUGGUGCAACUGGACAAUUGGUUGAAUUGCACAAGAUUCUUUCUUGGACUUUUAAGUCAAGCUUCCAGUGAUGUGGUUACAAGCUCACAAGAUAAUGUGUUUUAAUUUUCAGAAUAAUGUUGGUGAUUUGAUUUGUUUGCACUGAACUAUAUAAUGCUUAUUAUUAUUAUUAUGAUACCGUGUGAUGCAAGGUAUAUUCAUAAAAAAUAUAUAUUAUCAAUUACAAUAUUUUUAUUGAAUAAAUCAGGACUGAGAACUUUAUAACCUC